CCCUUUUAUGUGCCACACUCGGCUUUGAAGACCCUGUCUGGCGUCGUAAACUUGGAUAAUUUGGUGGAAGAAAUUCCAUCAGUCCCUCGCACUGGAUUACGGCACAAUUUAACAACCAUCAAGGACGGCUAAUGUGGCCAGGGCAGUUGACACCAAGUCACCAUGAGUAAACAACAGCCGUGUGGUCAUUUGUCUGCUGUGCAUCAUGCAUCGUUGCAUGACGUUAAACUUGACGAGAAUAAUGCAUGUGCCAAUUGCCGAUAUGCUGGACCAAAUCUUUGGAUAUGCCUUUACAAGAAAUGCAUGUUUGUGGGCUGCAGCAAUCAGGCCAACGAUCAUAGUACCGAACAUUUCCAGCGCAGCAAGGAUAAAUCCCUGCAUUGUAUUCACAUGAGCCUCUCCUCACAACGUGCCUGGUGCUAUUUGUGCGAACGAGAGGUACCUAUUAGCGGUGCAGAACGUCCAGCUCAAAUUGUUGACCCCGUAUUGCGGGCCAUGCGUUAUUCGGAUGAGGAAAAUGAUUCGGAUUAUGCUAGUGGAUCUGGGGAUGCAAGUGGCCUGGUUGGCUUGCAGAAUAUUGCCAAUACGUGCUAUAUGAAUUCGGCCAUACAGGCCUUGAGCAAUGUUCUACCCAUGACACAUUAUUUUCUGAAUUGUGGCGAUUUAAUGGAUUACACUUUGGAACAGUGUGCUCAUCGUUGUAAAGCGGGACUGGCAAAGAGUUAUCAACGUCUAAUGCGUGACAUGUGGAGGAGGCGAGAUGAGGGCAAAGCAUUUUUGGCACCUCGCAGCAUUUUGUAUGGCAUCAGAAGUGUCAACCCAAUGUUUAGGGGUUUUCAACAGCAUGAUACCCAGGAAUUCCUGAGGUGUUUUAUGGAUCAAUUACAUGAGGAACUGAAGGAAACGACGCUAAGCUAUGAGCCAACCAAAAGAAAACAUUCCAUUAGGGAAAACAUUCAACAAGAACGCGAUGAUGAAGAUUCUAUGUCUGAGAUCAGCACAACAUCUAGCUCCAGCCAAGAUAUGGAUACCAACUAUGUAACUUGUGACAGUUCCAAUUCUGAACAGUCUAGUCUGUGUGAGAAUUACAUGGCUUCUAGUCAUUUGGGAGCAAAAGGAAAUAUCCCCUCAUCAGCUUGUGGAGUUGCCCCUCCAAUUGGCCUAUCUUCAACUGCCACGACAACUAUACGUUCCAUUGUAAGUGAAAUUUUCGAUGGCAAACUUUUGUCUUCGGUGCAAUGUCUUACAUGUGAUCGCAUUUCUACGCGAGAGGAAACAUUCCAAGAUCUAUCGCUUCCCAUACCAAAUCGGGAUUUCUUAAAUGUUUUGCAUCAAACCAAUAGCAUGAGUGUCCAAAGUUUAAAUUCCAUUGAUUCGACAGCCACCAGCAGUACGACAAGGGCCCAAGAAGGUUGGAUAUCAUGGCUAUGGAACAUGGUACGCUCCUGGUUGUGGGGUCCUUCGGUCACACUGCACGAUUGCAUGGCCAGCUUUUUUAGUGCUGACGAGCUGAAGGGUGACAACAUGUAUAGCUGUGAAAAGUGCAACAAAUUGAGGACUGGCGUGAAAUAUUCCAGAGUACUUGACCUACCCGAGGUCCUGUGUAUCCAUUUGAAACGUUUUCGCCAUGAUCUUUCGUAUAGCUCAAAAAUAUCGGCCCAUGUUGAGUUUCCUUUGGAAAAUUUCGAUAUGAAUCCGUACGUACACAAGGACUGCAAAUCCCAGGUGGCAUUGUAUAAUUUGACUUCGGUCAUAUGCCAUCAUGGUACCGUGGGUGGCGGUCAUUAUACCUGUUAUGCUCGUAACUUUUGCAAUAAUCGCUGGUAUGAAUUCGAUGAUCAACACGUAAACGAGGUAUCGCCGGACACUGUGGCCAAUUGCCAGGCCUAUGUCCUGUUCUAUCAGAAAAAUAAUCCCCAAAUGGAGCUGUUGCGAUUUGAAGCCAAUGAAUUGUCUGCCACUUAUCCAGAGUCUCAGUCAGAUAUGAGAUUUUACAUUUCGCGGGAGUGGUUGGCCCGUUUUAAAACCUUUUCUGAACCCGGUGCCAUUAGCAAUUGGUCUAUGCUUUGUCCGCAUGGAGGAGUGUUGCCUUCUAAAAUCACUAUGAUCCAACACUUAGCAGUGCCAAUUUCCCAGAAUUUAUGGGAAUUCUUUUAUAGUAAAUUUGGUGGUGGUCCCGCCAUAAAUAUGUUGUUCGAAUGUGAGGUGUGUAAGCGGGCUGCCGAGGCUUUGGCCCAAAGGCAACACUAUGAACAUUCCGUGUUUCAGCGUUACAAUGGUUUGGAUGGUGAGUUGGAUUCAGCUGGGGCGAUUUAUGCAAUUUCAAUGUCAUGGUUGCGCAAAUGGCAGCAGUUUGCCAAGGGAAUAACCUAUAAGGAACCGGGACCCAUCAACAAUGCCAAUAUUGUGACUGGCGGUAGCAAAGAUGUGACGGUGCAACAUUCUCCCAUCCGUAGUGUGAGAUUGGGUUCAGAUUAUGUACAAAUAAGUGCUCCAUUGUGGCGAUUCUUGCACGAUAUUUAUGGAGGUGGACCGGAGGUGUUAUUGCGACCAUCCCUCACCGAAGAGAUUGUAAUUAUUGACGAAGAUGAACUGGACGAAGAAGAUGAUGAAGAUAAUAUGCACGGCGGUAAUAUUUCGGAUACUGAAAGUAAUAUGGGUGGUGGUCAUGGGUACAAUUAUCCCGUUCAUGAAACGUCAAUACAUUCUUAUAAUAAGGAGAAUAUAAUCAAUGAACAAGAAGAAACAGAAGAUGAGGAUAUUCAUCAUCAAGAUAAUGAUGAUGGUGAUGUUGAUGAAGAUCAGCCUCAGCCUGGAUCAGCCAAUGUCAAUAAUGAAAAAUUAAACCAUAGAGCCAAGAAGAGAACAAACCAUAACAAAAAGUUAAAUAGUAAAAAUUCAAAUAUAUCCCAGAAAAUAAAACAAAAGGAAAAUAAAUAUCUAUUUGGAGUUCAAGGAAAUUAUAUCCCCAAAGAUGCAGAAGUACAUUCCCCUAACAAUAAUGUUAAUGACUUGCAAACAGAUCAAGAUAAACUCAACUAUAACAAGAAAAAUAAAAAAUCCCAAAAAGCAGCAGUUUCCAAACAUAAAAAAACAUUUGCUACGCAAUGACAAAAAUCAACAAAGGCAUUGCAAAUCUUCAACAUCUACGGCCGAGAAUUCAAAUCCCUAUGAUAUUGGUGAUCUAAAACCAUCAAAUCAUGGCGAAAGGUGCAAAAGGGAAAAUACCGCAGUGCUUAAGAAUUUUCAGUCUUUGUCAGAUGAAAACAAUCAAACUGCUGCUAAUAAUUCCAAUGAAAGUGAUCUCCGGAGAACAUUCAAGAACCGUUGGCAAUUUUUUUAGACAAUUAAUUAAACUUAAUAUAUAUAUACUUACUUAAAGAAAAAAUUGUGUUUUUCUUUUGUUAUAAUUCUCUCCUACCCUGUAAUACAUUUGUAAUGAAUUAUUAUUCGUUGUCCGACAACGAAAUCAAAAAUAAUUUAAAGCCAAUUAUAAUUUAUGUAAACUAUAUACACUGCUACAAUGUAUUUACAUUUGUUUAUUUUUUUUUCUUUGUGUGUAUGUUAGGUCAUAAUAUAAAUUAUUAUUAUUUUUUAUGAUUAUUAUAUUUUCUUGUUUGUGUGCAUGGAAUAAAAUCGAAAAUAAACAAACUCUGUUUUAUGAGUUAGUCCGGGUAGAGGCUUCAAAAGUUUGAAAA